CAAUAUUUUGAUCCCAUGGCUAUGUGCACUUCUUAAAUUCCCACACCUAUAAAACCCCAACAAAACCUUCAAUCCAUUGACUCCACAUACCAAAGAACAAACCUCAAAAUGAAGAUCAACCAACUUUUCCUUCCCUUCCUCAUCUUAGCUAUCUCUUCUAACUCUUUCCUCUCCUCAGCUGCUGAAUCCCCACCGGAAGUAGUCGACAUUGAUGGAAAGAUACUCCGUACAGGUGUCGAUUACUACAUCUUACCGGUGGUACGUGGCAGAGGUGGUGGACUCACCAUGGACAGUAUUGGCGAUAAAAUUUGUCCACUUGAUGCUGUUGUCCAAGAGCAUCAUGAGAUUGAUCAAGGCCUUCCAUUGACAUUCACACCCGUUAAUCCAAAGAAAGGUGUGAUUCGCGAAUCGACUGAUUUAAACAUCAUAUUUUCAGCAAAUUCUAUCUGUGUUCAGACAACACAAUGGAAGCUAGAUGACUUUGAUGAAACAACAGGGCAAUACUUUAUUACGCUUGGUGGAACUCAAGGAAAUCCUGGUAGGGAAACUAUAAGUAAUUGGUUCAAGAUUGAGAAAUUCGAUCACGAUUAUAAGCUGCUAUAUUGUCCUACAGUAUGUGAUUUCUGCAAAGUCAUUUGUAGAGAUAUUGGCAUAUUCAUUCAGGAUGGAGUUAGACGUUUGGCUUUGAGUGAUGUCCCAUUUAAGGUCAUGUUUAAGAAAGCUUAGAGGCUAGUUAAGUCGUCAACAAACAAAGUACUCUUAGUAACUUAUUUGAAUUUGAAUGUCUGAUAUUGUGAUUAAUUGUAGUUGUAAUAAGAGAAGCAAGAGCUUCCAAAGUUGAAAAA